AUGGCGACCAGCCCGCUUCCCGGCCCCACCGACAUCUUGCUGCCCUCGCCGUCCAGCGCCUACCCACCGGACCCCAUGAACCAGCCGAGGGCCGGUCACGCCACCAUGAAGCCCAACCAGGUGGGACAAGUGAUCCUCUACGGCAUCCCCAUCGUCUCCUUGGUCAUCGACGGGCAGGAGCGGCUGUGCCUGGCGCAGAUCUCCAACACUCUCCUGAAAAACUUCAGUUACAACGAGAUCCACAACCGGCGGGUGGCCCUGGGCAUCACCUGCGUGCAGUGCACCCCGGUGCAGCUGGAGAUCCUGCGGCGAGCCGGGGCCAUGCCCAUCUCCUCCCGCCGCUGCGGCAUGAUCACCAAGCGGGAAGCGGAGCGGCUCUGCAAGUCCUUCCUGGGGGAGAACCGGCCCCCCAAAUUGCCGGAUAACUUCGCUUUCGACGUGUCCCACGAGUGCGCCUGGGGCUGCCGCGGGAGCUUCAUCCCUGCCCGCUACAACAGCUCCCGGGCCAAGUGCAUCAAGUGCAGCUACUGCAGCAUGUACUUCUCUCCCAACAAGUUCAUCUUCCACUCCCACCGCACCCCCGACGCCAAGUACACCCAGCCCGACGCCGCCAACUUCAACUCCUGGCGCCGCCACCUCAAGCUCACCGACAAAAGCCCCCAGGACGAGCUGGUCUUUGCCUGGGAGGACGUCAAGGCCAUGUUCAACGGCGGCAGCCGCAAGCGGGCCCUGCCGCCCGCCCCCGCCGCCCCCGCCGCCGCCGCGCCCGCCGCCUGCCACCCGCUGGGCUCGGUGAAGGCGGCGGCCGCCGUGGUGGGCGGCGGGUUGCUGAGCCCGCACCUCCUGGCCGCCCCGCCGGAGCUGCACCAGAAGCGCCCGCGCUUCGAGGAGGACGAGGAUCUGCAGGAGGCCGUGGCGGCGGCGCACGGCGGCAAGAGCCCGCGGAGCUACCCGGUCAUCCCGGUGCCCAGCAAAGGCUCCUUCGGCGGCGUGCUCCAGAAGUUCCCCGGUUGCGGGGGGCUCUUCCCGCACCCCUACGGUUUCCCCGCCGCCGCCUUCGGCCUCUGCCACAAGAAGGAGGAGGGCGGCGGCGGUGGAGCCGAUGCCCUCGGCGGGGCGGCGGCGCACAAGGCCGGCGGAGGGGCGGCGGGCGGCGGCCUCUCGGGGCUCUUCUGGCCGGGCAGGAAGGAUGCCGCCUUCUACCCGCCCUUCUGCAUGUUCUGGCCGCCCCGCACACCGGGCGGGCUGCCGGUACCCACCUAUCUGCAGCCGCCUCCGCAGCCCCCCGGCGCCCUGGGCUGCUCGCUGGGCGACGGGGCGGGCCUGCUCCGCCAGGCCUUCCUGGACCUCUCGGAGCCCGGCGGUGAGGCGGGGCCGGGGGCCACGGGCCUGGGCACGCCGCCCGCCGCCGCCCCCCCCGCGCCCGCCGCCGCCGCCGCCGCCGCGCGGGACCCGCUCUUCGAGUCGCCCCCUAGCGGCGGCGCGGAGCCCGCCUCGCCCGCCGCCUCGGACGGGGGGGGCGGCGGCGGGCGGGUGCCCCCGCAUCACCCGCACCUGCUGGAGGCGGCGGCCGGGCGCAAGGCGGGCGGCGGGUACCACCACUCCAGCGCCUUCCGACCGGUGGGCGGCAAGGAGGACUCGGAGAGCCUGGCCAAGCUGCACGGCGGCGGCCCGCCCCGCUCCGCCUCGCCGCCGCCGCUGCAGCUGCUGCUGCCGCCGCCGCCGCCGCCGCCGCCCGAGGAGGCGGGGUGCGAGCGGCACCCGCUGCCCCCGCCGCCGCACCCCCCGCACCGCCUGCUCUCGCCCGGCGGCACCAGCUGCAGCUUCGCCAGCGAAGACAGCAGCGAGGAGGAGGAGGACGAGGAGGAAGAGGACGAGCCCGAGGUGGACGUCGAGGGGCACAAGCCCCCCGAGGAAGAGGACGAGGACGACGAGGAGGAGGAGGGCGAGGAAGAGCCCCGCGGCGGAGACCCCUUGGCGGCCGGCGGCCGCUUCCCGCCCCUCCGGGGCCUGCCGGAGAAGGGCGGCCGGGAGCGCCCGGCCACUGGCCCCUUCCCCCGGCCACCUGUAGAGGAGAAGCCAGGGGAGGGCCAGGCCCUGCCGCAGCCGACCCCCGGGGCUCCCCGGGCGGGCAGCGGCGGUGGCAGCCCCACGCACCAUCCGUCCCUGGAGGAGCAGCCCUCCUACAAAGAUAAUCAGAAGAGCAAGGAGAGUAAUCAGGUCAUCUUGCCUACGAAGGAGGACACCUUCUCAGAUAAGAACAAGGAGCAUAAUUUUUUCAUCACAGAUUCAGAGCCUUCAGGAGGAGACUUCUGGAGAGAUAUAGCAGGUGAACACACACAAGAAACCAAUUCACCUCAUUCACUGAAGAAGGAUGUAGAAAACAUGGGGAAAGAGGAACUCCAGAAGGUUUUGUUUGAGCAGAUCGACUUAAGGCGGAGACUAGAACAGGAAUUCCAGGUGUUGAAAGGAAACACGUCUUUCCCAGUCUUCAACAAUUUUCAAGAUCAGAUGAAGCGGGAGCUGGCGUACAGAGAAGAAAUGGUGCAGCAGCUACAAAUUAUUCCCUAUGCAGCAAGCUUGAUCAGGAAAGAAAAGCUCGGUGCACACCUCAGCAAAAGCUAA